GGCCCCGCCCUCCAGAGGCUGCCCCGUCACAUCCAGGAAGGAUCCUGUGCGAGGAGGAGUUCUCGGCUGGAGGUUCCAGCUAGACACUUUGACCCAAGCUGCGGCAACCAUGGCCGGCUACGAUACCAAUCCCUUCGCCGACCCGGUGGACGUGAAUCCUUUCCAGGAUCCCUCGGUGACACAGAUUACUACCAACAGCCAUGGAGGUAUUGAAGACUUUAACCCUUUCACGGAAAGUUCACGGUUGACGACCAAUCAGAAGACGGUUCCAGUGCAGCCUGUGAUGCCUUCCCAGCCAGCUGUUAUUCAGCCAUCCAUAGAACCAUCACCACAGGCAGUAGCAAUGGCUGCACAAGCUGGCCUCCUUCAGCAACAGGAAGAAUUGGACAGGAAAGCAGCUGAAAUUGAGAGGAAGGAGAAGGAAAUGAGGAAUGUAAAUAUUAACUUAAGACAGAAUAACUGGCCCCCUCUACCUACAAAGUGCCCGAUCAAGCCUUGCUUCUACCAGGACUUCUCUGCAGACAUCCCAGCAGAUUACCAACGUGUCUGUAAAAUGCUUUACUACCUAUGGAUGUUUCAUGGAUUCACUCUUUUCCUCAAUCUUCUGGCCUGCUUGGCGUAUUUCACCAGUAACUCAGCCACAGGUGGUGUCGAUUUUGGCCUGUCUAUCCUAUGGUUUGUUAUGUUCACACCUUGUGCCUUUGUGUGCUGGUACCGGCCAAUCUACAAGGCUUUCAGGACGGACAGUUCCUUCAAUUUCUUUCUAUUUUUCCUUAUUUUCUUCUGCCAGAUUAUCAUUUACAUCAUACAAGCUGUUGGCAUCCCUCACUGGGGUGACAGUGGCUGGAUAUUGGCGCUCACCAUGAUAAGCACCAAUGUUGCUGUUGCUGUGAUUAUGAUGGUCGUGGCUUCCUUCUUCACUGUCUGUGCUGUCUUCUCUCUCUUCAUGCUGAAAAGGGUUCAUUCAAUGUACCGCCGGACAGGUGCCAGCUUCCAGAGGGCACAGGAGGAGUUCUCCCAGGGUAUCCUCUCCAACCGCAAUGUGCAGAAUGCUGCUGCUGGAGCCGCCAGCUCUGCUGCAAGGGGGGCCUUCCAGAGCAAUUGAGCAACUUCAUUCCAAUUCUCUUAUCCUUCUGUCUCCUCCUUCCUCCCCUCCUUUAAUGCUUUUCCAGGGAGUAAAAAUUAUUCUCUAAAGCCAAUUGCCUCUUUCAUGGCCCUUGGGGCAGAUUACAGCACUCCACUCAUUCCCCCCUUCCACUAAGAGACUAUAUGGAAUUCUACAUAUAUAUAUGUAAAUAUAUAUAUUCCGACAAGAUGAACUAAUUAACUUGUUGCUCUUCUUGAUCCUUUUUUUUAUGUGGGGCUAAAAUAUUUUUCUGAUUUUUACUUGUAUUCAUUGGGGUUGCUUGUGGAGAAAGGGGAUUAACUGAUAUUUUUGAAAACUGCAUUUCAAAAUUUACAGAAUUGUAACUUUGUGAACUAUCCGAUUGUAAUGUAAUGAACUGCUUUAUCUGUCACUUGCUGCAUUUUUUGACGCUGUACUAAGAUGUAAAAUAUGUAGAUUCUUUAUCUUGUAUAUUUUCUCCAACAAUAUUUUUCCGUUUUCUUUGUAUUUACAAAAUGAGUUUAGCAGCCAGUUGCGUACUAGUGUUUCUUCUGCAGUAGUGACUUGAAAGCGUGGCUUUACAUUUUCAGAUGUCAUUAAUCGAUGCAGCCUGGCUUUCCAAGUCUAAUACAGAUUGGAUUUGUACAAAUGUUGAAACACACAUAUCAUUGUAAUUUGUAAUAUAUAACUAAAGAGCGGUCUUAAUCCUUCUUUUCAGACAGCGCGGUCAUUAAAGAAUAAUAAAAUUGAAUUAAGUGACAUAGUUCAGGCCUGACGGAGGUCUGCUUUAUUAUGUAUGAAGUGAAAAAUGAGAACCUAAAAUCACUGCUCUGUGGGUUCAGUUUUGACAGCACCAGCUUUCUAUGGUAAUGGCCAUUGCCUUGCAGAGCCUAGCGAGUAAAAAAAAAAAGAUAUUCAAUAAACUUCUUUUCUACAA